AUGACAUCUUCAAAAAUUCAUUUUGUUGUUCUUUUGAUCAUCAUUUCUUUUAUUGUUAAUGUUCAAUCCAUACCUUAUAAUAGUUAUAAUAAGCAGGAAUUAUGGAUGCUUCAAGUGAUUGUGAAUCCAAAAGACUAUGUCAUAAAAGAGAAGAUUGUAACGAACGUUGUGGAGUGGGCAAGCCACCUUUUAAAGCAGAACGAACGUUGUGGAGUGGGCAAGCCACCUUUUAAAGCAGCUUUGUGUGAAUCUUGUGGAAGCCAA